AUGCCUGUUUCUGAUUCUCCUCCCGUACCAGAUGAUCAUUCUCGUUAUGAUGAAGGCCCAGAGGAGGAGGAAGUAGAAGAGGUUGAGGAAGUAGAAGAGGAAGAAGAUCAAGAUCAGGAAGAGGAAGAAGAAGAGGAAGAAGUUGAAGAAGAAGUUGAAGAGGAGGUGGAAGAAGUUGAAGAAGAGGAGGAGGAGGAGGAAGAGGUUGAAGAAGUUGAAGAAGUUGAGGAGGAAGAGGAAACAGUAGAGGUGGAAGAGGAGGAAGAAGAGGAAGAAGAGAUGGAAGAAGUUGAAGUUGAAGAGGAGGAGGAAGAGGAAGAACAUGAAACAGUAGUGGAGGAGAAAAAGGAAGACAAAGAUGAGAUUCCAGUUUCUCUGCCCAAUGCGAAUGAGCUUAGCAAAGAAACUGUAGAGGUGGUGGUGGUGGAGGAGGAGGAGGAGGAGGCAGAGGAGGAGGAGGAGGAAGAGGAAGAGGAGGAGGAGGAGGAGGAGGAGGAGGAGGAAGAAGAGGAAGAGGAAGAGGAAGAGGAAGAGGAAGAGGAAGAGGAAGAGGAGGAGGAGGAGGAGGAAGAAGAAAAAGAAGAAGCAAUAGAGAUAGAAGAUGAGAAAGAACAAGAAACAGUCAUAGAGGAGAGAGAUAAAGACAAAAGUGGGGUUCCAGAUUCUCUUCCCGAUGCGGAUAAACAUACAAAAGAUUCAAGCCGACAUAUGGAGCUUGAUGUGAAAGAGGAGAAUUUGGGGCCAGUUUCUUCUGUACCAGAGAAUCCUGAAGUAAUACGGUCAUCACAUGAUAUGGAACUUGAUGUGAAAGAGGAGAAUUUGGGGCCAGUUUCUUCUGUGCCAGAGAAUCCUGAAGUAAUACGGUCAUCACAUGAUAUGGAACUUGAUGUGAAAGAGGAGAAUUUGGGGCCAGUUUCUUCUGUGCCAGAGAAUCCUGAAGUAAUACAGUCAUCACAUGAUAUGGAACUUGAUGUGAAAGAGGAGAAUUUGCGGUCAGUUUCUUCUGUGCCCGAGAAUCCUGAAGUAAUACGGUCAUCACAUGGUGUGGAAGAGAACAAUACCAUGCUUUUAGCACCGACUCCGCUGCAUGAGGAAUUGACAUUGAAACAAGAAGCUUCUAGUCCUCCAAAACCAAGUGAAAACUUAAUUCCUGCUGAAGAUGAGAAAAAUCAAGGCUUAAAUGUUGAUGUUGAAAAUUCUGGAUAUCUUCUUCAGAAGAAAACCUUUGAAGGAUGCAGUGAACCAGAUUGCAAUAGCAAAGCUUCUUUGUCUGAUGUUAAGGACAAUGAUUCUAUGGCCGCCAAGUUAUCUAGUAAUACGGUAAAAGACUUGGUUACUGGAAUCAUACCGAGAAAUGAUUUUGUUGAGGAUGCUGAUGGUGGUCAGAACUCUAAGGAGAAAAUUUUGCAGUCAGAGACAGAGUCAAGGGUUGAUGCGAAACAAAAGCCAUCAAGUAGGGCUAGAAGUCCAUCUCCCAGUGCUAAGAUUACAGAUGGAAACAAAAGACGAGCAGUUGCAUGCGCUUUUUUUGCUAAAGGUUGGUGCAUUAGAGGUAGUUCUUGUAGCUUUCUUCAUAUAAAAGAUAGUGCGGAAAAUCCUGACCAGGGAGCUGAAGGAAACCGAGUUAACACACAUCAGAAGAGAGAAUUGAAAUCGGAAAAAGUUGUUAAGGAAAAAGUUGACGGGUCGAGAACGAAUGAGAGAGAAGCAAGUCCAAGUUGGCAUCCAUCUCAUGAAAAAGAGAAGUUUCCGAUGAGGGACAACUUGUUUCCAGAGAAUAGAUCUGCAGUUAACACAUCAAACAAUUAUUUCAGCUCAAAUCUUUCCUCGUAUUCAUCCCAUGCAGAGGGAAUGACUGCUAUUCGAAAUCAACACGUCUACAGAGGUUAUACACCCAACAAAGAUUUUAGUUCGUCUUUAGGUGCAAGUGCUUUGGACUCUAAAAAGCUUUUGAAUAGUGAGAAAGAAUAUCACGCCUAUAAGUCUACUUUCUCUUCAGACCGGGAAGAUUUGUAUCUAGGUGGUUCAUCUAGGGUUUCACCACAUGCUAAUGGAUAUAAGCUAAAAACUCGUUCUUAUGAUUGGGAACCUUCUGUUCCAUUUCGACCAUCCUUUUUUAUCACUUCUAUGAAUGUAUCAUCCCCUGGAGAUCUUUAUGACCCUCUUCGCGAUAGCAUUGAAAUACCUAAUAUUGGAGAUGGGUCUUUGAAAGCUUCCCUUCUAAUUCGAGGGUCAUCUAUCCAGGCUUCAUCACAGGCGCGGACACACGAUGGUUCUGCUGCAGUUGGGAAACACAUGUCUGAUCUUAACGAUGACAAAAGUUCUGUAUCUUCUCAUAAUAAAUUUUAUGAAAAUGAGCCAAACAGAAGUGCUGUUCCUCGUGGAAAAGAUUCUCUUGCAACCAAAACAGAAAUAACAUCAGGAACUUGUGGAAACUACCAAAAUGGUAGCAUAGAUGUGGGACAAAAUGCCUUUGGUGUUGAAGAUAGAAUUGAAACAACGAAAAAACGAACCAAGCAUGAUGCUAGGCAUCACGGUGAUGGAUCACAGCACAAAAAUAAAAGAGUAGCAAGGGAUGAUAAAAUUCAUGAAAUGGAGGUUGACUUUCAGACGGAGGGUAGUAAUCACAAAGAAACAAAGGCGCUGAAAAUUUUUCGUGCAUCCCUUGUUGAUCUAGUGAAAGAGUUGCUAAAACCAUUUUGGCAUGAGGGUCGUCUCAGCAAGGAAGCACAUAUAACAAUAGUUAAAAAAUCAGUAGACAAGGUUGUUAGCACUUUAGAGCCACACCAAAUUCCAACAAAUGAAGAUUCUGCUAAGCUAUAUAUUUCUUCAUGUCGGCUGAAAAUUACAAAGUUAGUCCAUGGAUAUGUCAAUAAACAUGGAAAAUCUUGA